AUGCCUCCGACGUCUCUGCAACUCCGGUGGCUUCUCCGCUAUCGUCUAAUUUCUAGUUCUUCUCCGCUGGCUUUGACUCACAAAUCCAUCUCUUCCACUUUCGCUCCCUCUCAUCAUCUUCCUAAAUCUUCCUUUCUUCCGGUUACUUUCUCAACGUGGUACUUUCAAUCUCAAUCCCCGAGCCCUGCUUCCAUUUUGGAGCUAGAAUCAGUAACUCAGUCUCUGUCCGCCGAGCUGCUCACAAAUCCAACUGUCGACUCCCUGCCAGUCCCACAGAGGCUCAGCCUAAGAUUCUCCCAUCUUACCGGCUCAAUAACUCCUUCUCUGAUCCUGCAAAUGCUUAGUCUUUCCCCAAAUGCUGGUCGCGCUAUACUAGGAUUCCACCAAUGGUUGAUCAGUAAUCUCGAUUUUAAACAUAUAGAUGAAACAUUCUCAUUUUUUACUGAUUAUUUUGGUAGACGAAAGGAUUUUAAGGCGACCCAUGAACUGCUAGUGGAGGGAAAAGGUGUUAUUGGGUCUAGAACAUUCGAAUCAAUGGUUGAUAGGCUUGCCAGGGCAGGGAGGCCUAAGCAGGUUGUAGAGUUUUUGGGAAGACGGAGCCAGACUAUGGAUUUAAGCGUGAUAGAGACUCGUUUACUUUUGUGGUGA